UAUGGCGAGUGAACCGUCCGUUUAUCGUUUUGAGGACGUUCUUUCGACCCCUCAGAGCAACUCUCCUUGUGCGUUUUGUUGUAAAAAAGUCUCGAAGUAUACAUGUCCUCGUUGCGAUGUUCGCUACUGUUCCAGUGUGUGUUAUAAAAGUGAUAAACACUUACAGUGUUCGGAGCUUUUUUACAAAGAUUGUGUUAUGGAAGCAAUGUGCGAUCAGCAGAGUAGUCGUGAAGACAAGCGUAAAAUGCUCGAGUUGUUGCAAAAACUGAAAAAGCAGGAUGAAGAAGAAGGUGUCCAGGAUACUGUAGAUCUGGAGGAAAGAUUGCAAAAUAUAGAUAUAAACAAUGACACAGACGCCGUGUGGUCGGCACUGACAAAUAGAGAACGGAAAGAGUUUGAAUCUGCCGUCAAAAGCGGAGAGAUUUCUGGUGCCAUUGACGUUUGGAUCCCGUGGUGGACUAAAGUAAAUGACGGAAAUUACAGAAAGAAGAUAGAAGUUAUAAGUGAAGGGAGCAGCAUUUUAGAAAAGAAAGGUGAACAAAGUGAUCAAAUCCAAACUGAGGAAAAAGAAAGAAUACAAAAUAUGCCAGCAGUAAAGAAGAACAUCUCAUCAUUACAGUCACUCAUGAAAAAUUUGAAUGUCAAUCCAAAUGUGCAGUUCAGCUGUAUUGAUGUUCUUUACUCAUAUGCCUACAUCAUGAGGCUGUACAAUGGAUGCCCAGAAGACAGUUUAGAACAGGCAGCUGAGAAUUUGUUGCAGCUUUCCCCUGUUCUUUCUAAAAAUGCUGUGUUUGGCAGUGUGGAGUCAGUAGCUCACAGUUCCUUGAGUGCUGUGCAAGAUUGCAAGGACCUUUCCUGUUCUGAGGAAUUCUCUCUUCAGGUGCUCCUGGAUGUUAUUUCUUUGAUCAAAGGAUAUGUUGUUAUUGAGAGAAAGAAAAUAACCUUUGUGGACAGUGCUCUGUCUCAUUUGUGUCAACUUCUCAGCGGAGGAAGAGAAAGAUUGAAAGCCAACUCCAAAAUGAACCAACAAGAAGCAGAUUUGUGCAAGUCUUUGUGGCUUGCAAAAAAGAAAGUGGAGUUUUUAUUAGCUUGGGCUCACACAAACCCUAAUAUUUUGCAAUCUCUUUUACUAAACAUGGAAGUUGUUCACACAGAUUUAUCCAUGUCCAACAGACAACACAGAGAACAAAGAGAAAAGCUAGAACAAGCAUGGGGAGGUUCAAAACCACCAAUGAAGGCAUCUCUUAUCACAGAAAUCUAAGUCAGAAUUUGACAUGAGAGCC